UUGCGGGCCCUGGUAGUCGAGAUGGUCCUGGCCACUGACAUGACCUGUCACUUCCAGCAGAUUAAAGCCAUGAAGAACUUCCUCCAGCAGCCAGAAGCGAUCGAUAAACCCAAGGGCUUAUCCCUGUUACUGCACACUGCUGACAUCAGCCAUCCUGCCAAAAACUGGAACAUGCACCACCGCUGGACCACCUCACUGCUGGAGGAGUUCUUCAGACAGGGCGAUAAGGAGUCAGAGCUUGGGCUUCCUUUUUCUCCUUUAUGUGACCGCAAGUCUACCAUGGUGGCCCAGUCUCAGAUCGGUUUCAUUGAUUUCAUCGUGGAGCCCACAUUUACUGUGCUGACAGACAUGAUUGAGAAAGUCGUGACUCCGCUGAUCGAAGAAACCUCACCCUCCGGCCUGGCUGGAUUCAGGCGGUCCAG